AUGCGGUUGAGGGCACUGGGCACACUUAGUCUUGUUCUUGACUUCACCAUCUGCGGGUUCGCCCGUCUGGUGACGGUCCCCACUAUUCCAUUCGAUGAUAAUAACGGCACUUAUGCACUGUCCCAGCUCACCAAGAUUGUCGUGGAUACUCGUCACGCCAGUACUGUGGAUACUCAAGGCCAAACAUUAAUCCCGCCAACAUUGAGAGAGUUUGCUGCGACGUUCCAAGAGGACCUUCGAUCUUCGCUUGGAAUCAAUCUCCCACUCGUCUCCAGUAGCGCCUCCAGCGACAAUACAAUCUUCCUGACCCUCUCCAAUAACACGGGCUUCCGCGAUGUUGCGGGACGUUUCACAACGGAGGCAUAUGCCUUGCACAUCGACAACAAAGGAAUCACCAUCUCUGGAGCGAGUCCCCUGGGAGUAUGGUGGGGAACGCGCUCGCUAAUCCAGGCUGCUGUGGUCAGCAAACACGACCUUCCUCAGGGCUCUGCAAUCGAUGCUCCAGGAUGGGGAACACGCGGUGUCAUGCUCGAUGCCGGACGUCACUACUACCCACCCGACUUUUUGAUCGAAAUGUGCUCGUACCUGUCCUUCUUCAAGCAGAACGUCUUCCACCUCCACCUCAGCGACAAUCUCUACAACAACGUCGACCUCUACUCCACCCAGGAAUUCAUGGACCUCUACGCAGCAUUCCGGCCCUGGUCCGACGAUCCCGCCGUAUCUGGGUUCAACAAACGAGCCAACGAAUCCUACACGCGCAGCCAAUUCGAUCACAUCCAGCGCCAAUGUGCUCGUCGCGGUGUCACUAUCAUCCCCGAAAUAGAAGCCCCCGGCCAUGCCCUCGCCAUCGUGCAAUGGCGGCCCGAAUUAGGUCUAACAGACCUCAGCAUGCUCAAUAUCAGCCAUCCAGACACCAUCCCGACCAUGAAAUCCAUCUGGAAAACCUUCCUCCCCUGGUUCCACAGCAAAACCGUCCACCUCGGCGCAGACGAAUACUCCUCCUCCUACGUAUCCGACUACACCGACUUCGUCAACGACAUGCACACCUACAUCGCCGAGCAAUCCGACAAAGACACCCGCAUCUGGGGCACCUUCACCCCAUCGGAGGGCGCCAACGUCUCCAAAGCCGUCACCAUUCAGCACUGGGAAUACUUCGAAGACAACCCCUACUUCGACUACAUCAAGAAUAACUACUCGGUCCUCAACUCCGACGACGCCUUCUACAUUGUCGGGAAAUGGUCCGGAAGCUACCCGCAGUACCUCAACAAGACGCGAGUCUUCCACGGUGAUCCAGCAAACAACGGUCCCUACGCCCCCAACAUCUUCUCUACCACCAACGCAACCGACAACCCUUCAAGAAAUAACCCCUACGUUCUCGGCCACAUCGCCGCCCUCUGGAACGACUACGGGCCCAACGCAACGACCUACCUCGAGGCGUAUUACUCCUGGCGUGAUGUUCUCCCCGCACUAGCGGACAAGCAAUGGGGCGGCGAUAUCCUGGAAGAAGAAUACGAUGAUGUGUUCGAUGCCCUUCAUGCUGUGAUCCCAGGGCAGAACUUGGAUCGCCAUGUCCCAAGCAAGACGGAUCUGAUUCUACACUACAACUUCGCGAAUGCCACCGGAACCACAGUUCCAGAUUUAUCAGGGAAUAACUAUCACGCCACGUUCAAUCACACCUGUCCCAUCGAUACUUCUAACUCUACAAUCAGAUUCACAGGAACAUGCACCCUCACUACACCUAUCCAGAGCAAAGGAAGAGACUAUACCCUCUCUUUCUCGGUAUAUCCUUCCACAACUCACCCGUCACCUUUAUUCUCGGGGAGUGACUCGACACUCCUCAACGGCAACGGGUCAAUCAGUAAUAUUACCCUGGUGAGCGGCGGGAAUCCAUACACAUUGAACUACAGUCUUCCGGUCGGUAAAUGGUCGGAUGUUAGUUUAAUCGGAAAGGGUAAUAAAACUUUUCUUUCCGUUGAUGGUGGCGAAAAGAUGGAGUUUCUAGCGAGACUAGGGGUGAAUGGGGAGUCGUUAGUGUGGGCGCCCAUUGCGAUCGAGGCACCAGUGCAGAGGAUCGGGGAGGGGUUUGUAGGGAUGAUGAGGGAGGUUAAGUUGUGGGAGAGUGCGAAGUGA